AUGGCGGCCAAUGUGGGAUCGAUGUUUCAAUAUUGGAAGCGCUUUGAUUUACAGCAGCUGCAGAGAGAGCUUGAUGCCACAGCAACAAUAUUGGCCAACCGGCAAGAUGAAAGUGAGCAGUCCAGGAAAAAACUCAUCGAGCAAAGUCGUGAGUUCAAGAAAAACACUCCAGAGGACCUGCGCAAACAGGUAGCUCCAUUACUGAAGAGUUUCCAGGGAGAGAUCGACGCGUUGGGGAAACGGAGCAAAGAAGCCGAGGCAGCCUUCUUGAAUGUUUAUAAGAGAUUAAUUGAUGUUCCAGAUCCUGUGCCAGCCUUGGAUUUAGGACAGCAGCUUCAGCUGAAGGUUCAACGUAUGCACGACAUAGAAACAGAGAACCAGAAACUUAGGGAAACCCUCGAGGAGUACAACAAAGAAUUCGCCGAGGUGAAAAAUCAGGAGGUUACAAUAAAAGCACUUAAAGAGAAGAUCCGUGAGUAUGAGCAGACCCUGAAGAACCAAGCGGAGAACAUAGCCCUGGAGAAGGAACAAAAGCUGCAGAAUGAUUUUGCAGAGAAGGAGAGGAAAUUGCAGGAGACACAGAUGUCCACAGCCUCCAAGCUGGAAGAAGCCGAACACAAGGUUCAAGCUUUGCAAACAGCCUUGGAAAAAACCAGAACAGAGCUAUUUGAUCUGAAAACAAAAUACGAUGAAGAAACUACUGCAAAGGCUGAUGAAAUCGAGAUGAUCAUGACAGACCUCGAAAGAGCAAACCAGAGGGCAGAGGUGGCUCAGAGAGAGGCAGAGACCUUAAGGGAGCAGCUCUCCUCGGCUAACAAAUCUCUCCAGCUUGCUACGCAGAUCCAGAAGGCUCCUGAUGUGGAGCAGGCCAUCGAGGUGCUGACGCGGUCCAGCCUGGAGGUGGAGCUGGCUGCGAAGGAGAGGGAGAUCGCCCAGCUGGUAGAAGAUGUCCAGAGACUCCAGGGCAGCCUCACCAAGCUGCGGGAGAACUCCAGCAGCCAGAUCUCACAGCUGGAGCAGCAGCUGACAGCCAAGAACAGCACACUCAAACAACUGGAAGAGAAGCUGAAGGGACAGGCUGAUUACGAAGAGGUUAAGAAAGAAUUGAAUAUAUUGAAAUCCAUGGAGUUUGCACCACCCGAAGGCUCUGGUGCGCAGGAUGCAUCUAAACCGCUGGAGGUGCUGCUGCUGGAGAAGAACCGCUCAGUGCAGUCGGAGAACGCCACGCUGCGGAUCACCAACAGUGACCUCAGCGGGUCAGCCAGGAGAAAAGGGAAAGACCAGCCUGAGAGUCAGCGUCCUGCAACCUUGCCGGCCUCCCCUCCUUCUCAGUUGCUCCGCAACGCGGGGGAGCAGGCCUCCAAUACUAAUGGUACACACCAGUUCUCACCAACGGGUUUAAGUCAAGACUUUUUCAGCUCAUCCCUGGCGAGCCCCAGCUUACCCCUGGCCUCCACAGGAAAAUUUGCACUAAACUCUCUCCUCCAGCGACAGCUAAUGCAGUCCUUCUACUCCAAGGCAAUGCAGGAAGCAGGAAGCACAAGCAUGAUUUUUUCAACAGGUCCUUACAGCACAAACUCCAUAUCUUCCCAAAGUCCAUUACAACAAAGCCCGGACGUAAAUGGCAUGGCCCCCUCCCCCAGCCAGUCAGAAAGUGCUGGGAGCAUCUCUGAAGGCGAGGAGAUAGACACGGCCGAAAUUGCACGUCAGGUGAAAGAGCAGUUGAUCAAGCACAAUAUUGGCCAGCGGAUAUUUGGACACUAUGUGUUGGGACUGUCGCAGGGCUCUGUGAGCGAGAUCCUGGCCCGGCCAAAGCCAUGGAAUAAACUGACUGUGAGAGGCAAGGAGCCAUUUCAUAAGAUGAAGCAGUUCCUCUCGGACGAGCAGAACAUCUUGGCUCUUCGCAGCAUCCAGGGCAGACAAAGAGAGAAUCCAGGCCAGAACCUGAACAGACUAUUUCAGGAAGUACCGAAACGAAGAAAUGGGGCUGAAGGUAAUAUAACCACAAGAAUCCGAACCACAGAGACUGGCUCUGAUGAAGCCAUCAAAUCCAUUCUCGAGCAAGCCAAAAGGGAGCUGCAAGUACAGAAAACAGCUGAGCCGGCUCAGCCGCCUUCUGCAUCUAGCAGUGGCAAUUCUGAUGAUGCUAUUCGAUCCAUUCUGCAACAAGCCCGACGGGAAAUGGAGGCACAGCAGGCUGCCCUUGAACCUGCCUUAAAAACACCACCCUUAUCUCAAGCUGACAUUUCUAUCCUCUCCCCCAAACUAGUAUCUACACCUGCAAUGUCUUCGGUUUCCAGCUAUUCUCCUUUGGCCAUAUCCCUGAAGAAACACUCAUCUGUCACUGAUUCCAGUAUCUCUGCAUUGCAGAACCUCUCUGGGCUCAAAAAGGAGCCUCAGGAGGCACCUGUUUUAGAGCUUCAUGGCAUAAGUGAUUCUGCCCAGGGUAUGUUGAGGCAUGUUAAAAAUGAGUUGGGACGUGGUGGUGUUUGGAAGGACCAUUGGUGGAAUACUGUGCAGCAUGAGAGAAGAAAUACAGCUCUGCCCGAAGAUGUAAAAGUUGAGGAAGCCAGUGGUGGAAAAGAAAAGGUCAGCAAUCAGACUAGGCCAGAUCGUAGCCAGCUCCAAGGACCAUCUUCUUCAGAGUACUGGAAAGAGUGGCCAAACGCUGAAUCUCCGUACUCCCAGAGUUCUGACUUGAGCAUGACUGGGGCGAGUCGCAGCGAGACGCCACAGAAUAGCCCUCUCCCUUCAUCCCCUAUCGUGUCUUUGUCCAAGCCAUCCAAACCUUCAGUUCCUCCACUGACACCCGAGCAGUAUGAGAUUUAUAUGUACCAGGAGGUGGAUACGAUAGAGCUAACGCGGCAGGUCAAGGAAAAGCUAGCAAAGAAUGGCAUCUGCCAAAGGAUCUUUGGGGAAAAGGUGUUGGGGCUGUCCCAAGGAAGUGUCAGUGACAUGCUCUCCAGGCCAAAGCCAUGGAGCAAAUUGACCCAAAAAGGCCGAGAACCAUUUAUUCGUAUGCAGCUCUGGUUGAAUGGUGAGCUGGGACAAUGUGUCCUGCCUGCACAAGGGCAGCAACAAGGACAAGUCCUUCACUCUGUGACAUCAUUACAGGAUUCCCUACAGCAGGGAUGUGCAAGCUCAGAAAGCACUCCAAAGACCUCUGCCAGUUGCAGUCCUGCUCCUGAAUCUCCCAUGAGUUCCAGUGAGUCAGUGAAAAGCCUGACAGAGCUGGUGCAGCAGCCCUGUCCCAACAUAGACACCAGCAAGGAGGGCAAAGCCCUGGAGCCCAGCGAGCCGCCUGCCUCUGAGUCCCAGUCCAGCACCCCCCUGCCGCUCUCUGGCCACUCAGCACUCAGCAUUCAGGAGCUGGUGGCCAUGUCCCCUGAGCUGGACACCUAUGGCAUCACCAAGAGGGUCAAGGAGGUGCUAACGGACAACAACCUGGGUCAGCGCUUGUUCGGGGAGACAAUCCUAGGGCUAACACAAGGCUCUGUCUCAGACCUCCUGGCUCGCCCCAAGCCCUGGCACAAGCUGAGUCUGAAGGGAAGAGAACCCUUUGUGCGCAUGCAGCUGUGGCUGAACGACCCCAACAACGUGGAGAAGCUGAUGGAUAUGAAGAGGAUGGAGAAAAAAGCCUACAUGAAGCGGCGGCACAGCUCCGUCAGCGACAGCCAGCCCUGUGAGUCCUCCUCCGCCGGCAUCGACUACAGCCAGGGAGCCAGCCCCCAGCCCCAGCACCAGCUGAAGAAGCCCCGGGUGGUGCUGGCACCAGAAGAGAAAGAAGCUCUGAAACGAGCCUACCAGCAAAAGCCAUACCCAUCACCAAAAACCAUUGAGGAACUCGCCACCCAGCUCAACUUGAAAACCAGCACUGUCAUCAACUGGUUCCACAACUACAGGUCUCGCAUCCGCCGGGAGCUCUUCAUCGAGGAGAUCCAAGCCGGGAGCCAGAGCCAGGCGGGGUCGAGCGACUCCCCCUCUGCCCGGAGCAGCAGGGCCGCCCACAGCUCCGAGGGGGACAGCUGCGAUGGUGUGGAUGCGGAAGGCCCAGCUGAGGGGAAGGCGAGCGGCCCGGAGGCGGAGGAGUACAGCAAUGCAAUCACAAAGUCUCAGGGAGGGUCAGCGGAGUCAGCUUUCGAGGCGGGGGAAGAGGCACCGCAAGGCACCGCCAGGUCUUCAGAGAAAGCGGAGCCGUUCCAGGCGGAGAGCCUGGAGGACACCGACGACGAGGGCAGGCUCAGAGCGCUGUGCCAGGGCUCUCCGCCGGCACCGCCGCGCCCGGGAGAAGCUCCGGAGACACUGCCAAACUCUGCCACGGAAGGGGAUGCCUCUACCUCAGCUGCCUCCACCUCAGUCCUUACGGGGGAGAGCUCCUACAAGUCGAAAGAAAGUUCGGAGAAAAUCUCCAGUGUGCCAAGUACGAGCUCGACGCCGGCCUCAGGCUCACAGAAAGCCAGCUCCCUGCAGAGCCUGUUCGGCUUCUCGGAGGCAGCGAGCUCCAGGAACACGCGAGACAGCUCCCUGAGGAAAAAGAAAGCGGCCAACUUGAACAACAUCAUCCACCGCCUGGAGAAGGCUGCGAGUCGGGAAGAGGCCGUGGAGUGGGAGUUCUGA